GAAGAACAUUGUUAUUGUGAUCCUACAUUUCAUACAACAGGAUGCAAUAUCUUUGGAUGUCAUGCCGCACAAGUGACAUUCAUUGUUAUGUUCGCAGUCCCUCUGAUAGUAUGCAUAUACAGAGUACGAGGUUUAAUAUCAAUUAGAGGGGAUCACAGAUGGAGUUUAGUUACACAUAUAAUAAUUAUAGUUACAUGUAUAAUUCGAAUAGGAAGAGCAACUUGUGGAAUUGUAGAAGUCAAGAGUUAUUUGGCAAUGCAAAUAUUGUUGGUAAUACCAAUAGUAUUCCUUAUAUGUUGUUUCCUGAAUACAUUCUAUGUUUGGAUACAUAUUAUAUAUCAAAUCAACUUUGGUAAAAGAGUGGAAAGAGUAUUUCCAAUACUUGGCAAAGUUAUGAUUGGAUUACAAGUAUUACUCUUUGUUCUAAUGAUUAUAGGUAGUUGCCUCUACAUUAGAAUGUAUAUCAUCAACUCUAUAAUAUGUGUCUAUAUUGCAUGUGGAGCGAUUGGCUUUGCAAUAUUUGGAAGAAUGAUUUGGAACAAGUACAAGGUAUUGGCCGACAAGUCUUGUGGAGUGUUCAAUGAGGUUACACAUUUAAAGGUGAAGAGAGUGAUGAGGAUGUCAAUAGCAGCUAUUAUAAUCAGUUUGUUAUCAAUUGGUGCCACACUUUGGUUAUUGCUUGAUCCUAGACCAAUGUGGUCUGCCAACACUGUUAUUGGAUUCAAUAUGCUGAUAAGAAGUCUGGAGAUUGGAUGGAUUAUCACUAUGCUACUCAUUCUAUCACCAUCUCUACAAACACAUGGCAAUUCAUCAACAUCGAGACCUGAACGCAAAGUCAGUAUGAAUGGUUCAGCCAACUUUGAUGAUGAAGAUGAAGAAGUAGUAGAUGAAAGUCCAAAAGACAAAGAUGUAAAAGGAAAUGAGGAUGAAGAGUCCGCCACUACAACAACUACAACUUCUACAACUAUAUCAUCAACUAUAUCGACAACAACUACAUUAUCCUCUUCGAUAGAAUCACAAGAUAACUAUACUAGGGGAGCAAGAACAUCCUCAACCACCUCUUUGUCAUUGACCGGAUCGACUGGUCUGACAGAGACAACUAUGGCUGCACCAACUGAGGGAACAUCCACUAUUGACCCAAUACCAGGAACAGACACAGAUACAACACAGGAUACUGAAAAGGAUAGUGACAACCCAUCAUCGUCCAGAUUCAUUGGUGAACCUGAU